AUGGAUAUCAAAGCUGUGAGUGGGGAUCAACUAGUCGAGAAACUCACGUCAUUCGGCAUGCAAAAGAGCAGACCAGUAUCAGAAGGAAGUUACGACUACGUCGAAAAGGCGGACAGCAUGGAUUCACCUGUCAAGCCAACGAAUCGGCUGGCCCUGACAACUGUUGCCCAGCACGGUACCAAUGUCCUCACCCAACGAUGGGCUCAGAUCAAAGACACUCAGAACUUCAACGUCAAGAUCUCCUUGGAGGGCAGCCCGAUCACUAAUCAGCGCUCUUCGGGUCGUUGCUGGUUAUUCGCCGCCACGAACGUCUUUCGUGUGGCAAUCAUGAAGCGGUACAACCUGAAAGAGUUUGAACUGAGCCAGAGCUAUCUAUUUUAUUGGGACAAACUGGAGAAGGCCAACUGGUUCCUGGAGCAGGUCCUAGAUACCAUUGAUGAGCCCUUAGAUGGGAGGCUGGUGCAAAGGCUCAUGGAGGACCCUGUCGGCGAUGGCGGUCAGUGGGACAUGGUAGCGAAUCUGGUCGAGAAGUACGGCCUCAUCCCUCAGCAACACUACCCGGACUCAUACAACGCCCAGAACUCCAAUGGCAUGCGCGCUCUUAUCACAACCAAACUUCGGGAGGAUGCUCUCGAACUUCGCCAAUUAGCGACCCAAUCCAAAGACCCACGUGCUUCUUUAGGCAGCGUUAAGGAUAAGAUGCUCCGAGAUAUUCACCGGAUUCUGACCGUCAUGCUUGGACCACCCCCAAGUGCCAACGAUGAGUUCACAUGGGAGUAUCAUAACAAAGAGGACAAAUUUGGCAGUCUCACAACGACACCCCUGCAGUUUGCAGGCGAGCUCUCAAGUAAAGCCUCCAUUCAAUCCAACACGGGUGUGGACAUCCACGAAGUCUUUUCCCUCGUCAACGACCCCCGUAAUGAGUAUAAUCGCCUCCUAACGGUCGAUCGACUGGGGAACGCAGUUGGUAUGCGCCACAUUUGCUACGUCAAUGUCUCAAUGCCGAUCAUGAAGUCCGCCUGUGUCGCUAUGCUCAAGGCCGACCUGCCGAUCUUCUUCGGCAGCGACGUCGGCAAGUACCUCAGCCAACAGGGUGGAAUCAUGGACAUCGAUCUUAUCGACUAUGAACUUGGCUUCAAUGUCAAGUUGGGCUUGAGCAAGGCUCAAAGGCUAAUGACUGGAGAAAGUGCUAUGACCCAUGCGAUGGUGCUAACAGCGGUGCAUCUAGAUAAAGAUGGCGAGCCGGUAAGGUGGAGGGUGCAGAAUAGCUGGGGAGAGACAGCUGGGACGAAGGGAUGGUUUGUGAUGGCUGAUCGCUGGAUGGACCAAUUCGUGUAUCAGGCUGUUGUUGAUCCAAAGUAUCCGACCCCGUUCGUGAGUAAGGAAAUCAGGGACAUUCUGACCCAGGAUCCCAAAGUACUUCCACUCUGGGAUCCAAUGGGUGCACUUGCAUAA